UUACAAAUAACGUUUUUCCAAAAUUUCCGUGAGGUUUGAAUAUUCGUUCCCUGUCUUUCACUAGCCAGUAUGAUUCUUGCCACUUGUGCAACUCGAAACAAAUGUUAAAAUGUCGAAGAGAAGGCGAACACCAAGGCAAACUCCAAAACAAAAAGCUAAAAUAUUUUUGCGAAAAUCAGGGGGAUGUCAAAGUGGUGGCGGGCUCAAAAUGAGCCUUGCUCAGUGGUAAUUACCACGAGGAUUUAGGACCAGUGGCGUCAUUCUGGCGUCAGCAAACGUGAAAAUCCGCCAUGUUUUUGGCGACACUUGUUUGACUGAAGAGAGAUAGGAGCACCUCCUCCAGAUAUAUUAUAGCUCAGUGGUAUACACGUCUUGACUUCUCUCAUCAAAGCCAGCAUGUGCAAGUCACGUGUUGUACACGCGUAAGAACGCACAAGUUGUAACAAACCUGCAACAACUUGUUUCAACAACUUGUCAACAGGAUGUUUUCGCACUGCUUGUUCCCAGCUUGUUGACAAGUUGUCAACGGCUUGUUGACAACUUGCUACAAGGUUGUUGGGCUCAACACACUUGUUACAAGUUGUUCUAACAACUUGUUAUCGUCCUGCAAUUCAACAACUUGUUGACAAGUUGUGAGUGACAACCUUCCUACAACAUCCAAAAACCAUAAUUUUUGCAAAUGUUUGGAAUUGUAAAACCUCUCUUUUCUAAAUGUAAAAAUGUCUGAUUCCUAAUGUUAUUUAAUUAGUAUUUAUGGUCAAUUGGUAUGUCAAAAAAGUGGCAGUUUGUUGAUGUCCUGUCACUUGAUCCAGAACUGUUAUGUAUGAUUCCACAACCUGCUUGUGCGCUAAUUCUACUAUUUCCCUGCUCAGAAAAGGUAAUUUUGCAAAUAAUCUCUUGUAUUUCAUAAAUAAUAAACUUUUUGUUAACAGGGCUUCAGACAACAAAUGGUAAAAAUCCUUUCACAAGGUGGAUAGCAAUUAUGACCAGCGGGGGAGUAGGACGAGGGGACCUCUAAAUUUCAGAAUAUUGCUACAACACCAAAAUUGUUCAUUGCAGCUCUGUAUAUAGACACUGAUUAUACUAGUAAGAUGUUAAGACCAUUUUUGUGGUUAGUGUCUUAAUGAAUACCAAAUUCACACCCAGUAGGUAUACGACUUAUUGGGUGUAAAUAUCAGGAUUGAAUAGCGUGUUUGGUAGGGCCAUACUACUUGGCCUGUUACAGGAUGGUACCGGAUAGCAGUCUAACGGAUAAUCACCGAAUACUGAUGGUGGUACUUGGACAAUACGUCAUUAACUUUUUGUCAGGAAAUAGUUCAUUUCUUGUUUAGUAUGUGACACAAUAAUCGUCAGACAAUAUACAGCAUGACGAUUUCUGGUAGACUAGUUGUUUAUAUCUCUCAAUAUCUUGAGACGGUUUUGUGGUUGUGAUAAAAAUUCCAGUACUACCUAGUAAAUAUCAGGCAAAUUUUUACCGGAUAGUGCCUAUAUUUUGCCGGAUAUCAGAUACUGGUAUCCGGAUCCGGCACAUCCCUAGUAUUUGGUGUUUACUAACACAAUAAUGUUGUCAACAUUUACACUAAAUCAGUUACACAAUUUUGGUGUUGUAUGCAUGUGUGGAUACAAUUAGGGCGACCUCCAUUCCCAAUAAUUUCGUCAAGCUAUUUAAUGAUUUGCUCAUUAAUUUAGUAGUAACGAUGUUCUUUUUUAUCACAUGAUGGUUUAUUCUUUUAGCAAAAUUUUUAAUUGUAAGCAAUCAAUAUUUAGAGGAAUGAAAAUUACAGCAACUGAUAGUUGUGUUACAUGCUUAACAAGUAUCAACGACGAAGCCGUGCAGAGUGUGAUAAUUUAAUAGCUUAAAAAUGUCAUUGUAUGUAAUUCUAUAUCAGUGACAUCGUUUUUAUUUUCUAUAGUAUUACUGUUACAGAGAAGAGGAGGAACAACGUAUUGAAAAAGAAGGACAGGUUUGUUUUCCUGCCCAUACCGUGGUAUAACGACAAACACGCGUUUUUAAUGCACGUUUCUCUGUCUAGUUCAUUGAACAUUGAAGUGACAUAUGGGCCCAAUAAAAGAAGUCAUUCUAACCGUUUGACUGUAGGUUUUUUGAAAUUAUUCAUCAAAUAACAAUUUCCCUGAAUUUGAUCUUUGUGACUGAGUUUGGUCUAGGUUUUUUAGAAUUUGCCUUUCACCAUUCUCUUUAAAAGACCGUUAACAGUCUUCGUAUUGUCUAGAUCAACUGAUUGGGGAUUUUAUCAACUGAUGGCACAAAAACACAAUAACAAAACAGGAUACUAUUUCAACCAUGCAAGGAUUAAAUAUAGUUCAUUGAUCUUUGAACAACAGAUUUGAGUGAUAAUUUGUUUUCUACUUUAGGAUGUUAGUUCCAAUUUAUAUUAUACGAAACAAACUGUUGGUAAUGCUUGUGGUACUGUAGCAUUGAUCCACUGUGUAGCUAACAACAGAAAACAAAUUAAUAUUGGUAAGAAAAGUAUUACACGUUUUUAUAGUGCAACAGAAAAUUAAACUGUCUCUGUUUUUGCUCUAACUACCUGCAACGGUCUGUGCCUGUGUGGCUAUAGAGACGAUAAUGACACAACUGCGGAUUGGGAGAGAUAUACUACUACCUGAAAAAUACAAGCAGAACUUCGACGUUUCGAGCGAAUUUCAUACCCUUACCUAACUAUACCUAACACCAGCCUCGUACCCAGGCGCAAAUAACGUACUAAAAAUAGCAACACUACAGUGUUUUUAUAUAGAUGAGCGAGCGCGCGGGGGUGCUUGGGGAGGACAGGACGGGGUCGCGCGCUCGCUCACCUUAGCCACUGAUCUAUAUAGAAAACUGUAAUGUUGCUAUUUUAGUACGUUAUUUGCGCCUGGGUACGAGGCUGACCUAACACUGGCAUCACUCUAAUCUAGUGUACAUGGAUUUGUAACCUACAAAUGAUAGUUCCUUUCUGCCUGCUUCCGGUCAGGUCUAUGGAAUAUGUUUUUUUGUUUAAAUUUUCCAUCUAAACCUUCAUCUAAACCAUUAGGCCAAGUAAAAAAAAUAGUAGUUUUUCGUCCGAAUUUUGAAAAAAAAAGGAGAAAGAUGGCGCUUUUUUUGUUAAACCUUCAAAUAUCGCUCUUAAAGUUUACCAAAUAACCUAUAAACCCACGCAAAUAUUGAAGUUUACUCAUAAAACAUAAAUAUAUAAUAAAAUAGACAAACAGCUACUAAUGCAAUAUGGCGCCAAAAUAACAAUAUGCACGAACAGCGGCGCGAAGUACCGAACAGCAAGUGAGAGUUGACGAAAAGUUUCGAACGGCAACUGAACUAUGCCGAAAGGAGCAAAAUGCCCGAAAUAUGUAAGUGAAAAUUCUUUGAAAGGCUCGAAUAUAAAAAAAAAGGGAAAAAAGAAAAAUCCAUGCAGCAGGGAAAAAGGAUGCUACUAUUUUUUUUACUUGGCCUUAUGUACUUGCAUGUGUCCUAGCAUGUGUUUUAAUAAUUUUAUAAACUAACAGGACUUAACGUUAGCUUUUCUUGGAAUAUGGUGUAAUAACAUCUAAAUUUUAAAUAAUUUAUUGUAAUUAUAUUUAUAAUGUAAGAAUAUCGCAAUUCGCCUUUUGGCGCCAUGGUGUUUUAUUAAAAUGAAAUGAAAAAUAUGAUUGUAUAUGUAAAAACUGUAUAGUCAUUGCGUAACUCUAAAAUUAAUCAUACUCAAAAUAAAAUAUUUCUUUUAGACGAAGGGUUUUUGAAAUCAUUUAUUGAAUCAACAGAGACUCUCACACCAGACGAAAAGGCUGUGAAGUUAGAGACAGAUGAGGUAUCUGAUUUAUACUUGUUAAUAAAAUACUCAAAAAACACGAUGUUCUUGGUCAUAUAGUGCUUCUGGAAACUACGUCAUCUUGGGUAUAUAGAGCCGCGCGUUUGUGAUUGAGAUAUUGGCUUUAGAACAAAAAAAAAAUGACAAUUUUUCCUUGCCAAGGAGCCUUGUUCCAAAGCUACUCGUGAGCAAAGCUACUCGUGAGCAAAGCUACUCGUGAGCAAAGCUACUCGUGAGCAAAGCUACUCGUGAGCAAAGCGGCCUUGACGUGAGAUAAAUGUUUAACAACAUUCCGUGCACACGAACGACAAAAUUUGUCAAGGAAAAUUUGUCAAGAAAAACGUGUUGACCGUACACACGAGAAACGAAACUGUGUACUGUGCGGGGCUUUAGUAUCGUUAGAUAUUGCGCUUUUCUUCUGUCGCAAUCAUCUCUUAACUAUGAAACAUUUGACAAUGAUGAUUUAAUUUUCUUUCCUUAGUCAAUGAUAGAAGCUCACGAUAACUUCGCACAGGAAGGACAGACAGAGGUUUGUAGACCCACUUUAUAACCAUUGGGGGGGGGGGAGGUGGCAACGCAAGCCCCCAGUAAUUUCUAAACUGAAUCUAUGAAUAAUAGCUGAUUAGUAGUACCGUUAUACCAAAGCUGUAACAAUGGUUUUUGCAACCCUAAAGCCUGGCGUUUUGCAAAGUUGCACUGAAAUGAACACUGAGAUUUCCAAGAAAAAUGAAUGCUGGACUUUGGAAGGAAGUGAAUACUGGGAUGUUGAGCAACAAAAGAGUUUUAAGCCUCUGUCAAACGAGAAUGAGAGUUGAUGAAAGUUACAACUCUCGCUUGCGCUUCACCGCCAACUCUCAUCGAAUUUGAACUGGCUCACAUUUUGAUGAGAGUUGAUGAGAGUUUUACGUGCGCGGUCAUAUCCAGUCAACUCUCGUGCAACUCUUCUCGUUUGACCGCGCGGGGCAUUAUAUCCUACCUCCACAAUUUGGCAAAGUGUUUGCUUCUCUGUAAAUGCUAACUAUAUGCAUGUUAAAGUUUUCACACAAGUUGUCGGUGCAUGUUGAAGUGCAUCUCCAUGUUAAGUAUUAUCAAGACCAACUAGCUAAAUCGUAAAGAAUAAAUUAGAAACCAACGUUUACGCUAAUAAAGAAAUAAUAUGUACUUAUAUUACAUUAUUCGACUUUUUUUAUCCAUGAGGCUCCAUCACGGGAAGAUCAUGUUAAUCUUCAUUUUGUUGCGCUUGUUGAAAAAGAUGGACAUUUAUACGAAUUAGGUAAGUUAAUUAUAAUUUUAAAAUGAAUGUUGUUGCUACACGAGGAAAAGUAGUACGUAAGAACUGUCUAAAAACAUUUUAAAAGAUAUUCGGUUGUUUUAGUCAUUUCAUACUUCUGAAUCUUUUUCAAGAAUAAUACCGAUAACAUAUCCAUACUUAUUAUAUAGUGGAGAGUGAGAUACUGAGAAAUACACAGUGAGAUAUUUUCCAUAUCUUCAGUAGUGAAGAUAUCGAUCACGUCACUUUUUCCAAUUUGCUUUUGAGCGUGAAAUUUCACAAUUUUUUGCUUGGGACUAUAUAAUAAACAACAUUACACGGUGGCUUGAAGAUAUGACUUUUAUCUUCUCGUAUUAAAAACAAUAUUUUACUCACUCGCUGUGCUCGUUCGUAAAAUAUUGUUUUCACCACUCAAAGAUAAAAGUCACAUCUUCGCGCCGCCGUGUAAGAAAUGUUCUGCAGAAAAGUCUAAGAAAAAAUAUUUUUAUGUUUCUUAAGAUGGAAGGAAAAAAUUUCCUAUAAAUCACGGACCAUCAUCAACUGAAACUUUCUUAGAGGUUUGUAUGAUGAUUACUUGAAUUCAAACGUUACACACUUCCCCAGUUUGGGAUUUGAACUUGUCAUCUGGCGAUUUUCGAUAGACAAUUGCUGGUUCAAAAUCAUAACCCGAGUUAUUUCCUCUAGAUAUUCCCCCUAUAGGCCGGAGAGUGGUACUUUCAAUGGCCACCUGCUUCUUUCAAAAUACACCGUACUCUAAAUUAUAUUGGGAAUCCUGUCACUCUGCUGGAAAGCACACGAGACAAUUCAAUGGUUUAGGAUCGAUCCUGCCAUGCAAUGGCCGUGAUAUAAAACUCGUAUAAUUGUUAGCCUCGAGCUCAAGUUUCGUGUCCUUUUGGGGUUAUCCCUCCAGGUCUGUACACGUAAUUUUCCACGUAUUGGUACACAAAAUGAUCAUUUAUUUGUUGUAGGAUGCAGCCAGAGUUUGCAGAGAAUACAUGAAACGCGAUCCUGACAACGUGAGAUUCACUGUAAUUGCUUUGACAGGCGAUUCUUGAUAACAUGACAUAGCGUUGUAAUGCGACUCUUAAUGAAUGCGACUCUUAAUGAAUAUGACUUUUGAUGAAAAUAACGUAAUGUCACUCUUGAUGAAAAUGGCGUAAUCGCUUUGACGGUCAGUAACUCUUAAUGAAAAUCAUCUGACAUUAUGAAUGCACUGUACUGCAAGAAGGAAAGUCCGGAACUUCUUUCAACAUCUACUGACUUGAAGAUAUGAUUAAUGACGAUAGUUUGACCUACAGUACGAUAAACUGCGAGCAGGGCCUAAACGAUAAAACGAAAAUUAUCGGACACUGACUUAUCUUUGUUUGAGUAAUUAGACGUUGCUACAUGUGUUUGGGCGUUAUCUUGGUUGACUUUAAAGUCUACCUUCGCUGUUCUAAUUUAUUCACUAGAUAUUGGUGUGUUUUCAUGACAGCUUACCGACUAUACAGUGUUCUACAGUAUCUGAGGAACGCCACCAACCUUUGUCACUGCAUUGUUAUAACGAUGAAACAAUAAAAUGAGCUAAAAUCAGGUAAAAUUCAAGUUUGCAAAUCACCUAGCUAGGUAGUAAGGUACAGAUUGGCCGCUCAUCCUUUAUACAUUACUGCUAAGCUUAUUCAUUAUUCAUUAACGCAAGAUUCUGCUCGAAGAUUUGUUGCAAGUGUUUGGAAUCAGACCGUUUGCAACCAACCGUAAUAUUCGCAACAAUGUUUACAACCAAUAUAUAAUAUAUAAAGCAUGGGAAACCUAGAUGUAUCUGAUUUACAAGGCGGCUCGUAAUAUUCAUGUAAAUUUGUUAAUGCUCAAAGUGGGAAUUUACUAAUUUUGAAAUUCUGAAUUUAUUAAUUAAACCGUAAGUGAGACUUGAAUAGACUUGAAUAGAAAGGCAAAUGUAAAACUAAAACUUUAUUAAUCCCAUUACAGUAUUCAUGAUUAAUUUUUAACAAAUAUAGUUAAUAAUUGUGACUUUUCUAAGUGAGAUACUGCGCAAUAUCAUUAUAAAAAUGUAGUCAAUGUUCACUACCACACAAAUCAAAGUUCAAGUGUUUCAACUGCUGAUUCUUUCGUUUCCUUAUCUUGAUCGUCUCUUUCUUGACUCAGUUGUAAAACAACAGCACAACAAAGAAGCAAGUCGUCGAUGAAAUUUCUUGGACUUUCUUUUAUUGAAAGAUGAGAAAAUCUGUAAUUUACAGAUUUUCUCAUCUUUCAGAUUUUUCUUUCCAACUUUCUUCUUUUUGUUUUUUUAUUUACAUUUAUCUUGCUCAUCCUUAUUCUUUAUUCUGCUACCACUCAUAACAAUUUCAUCAUCUAACAAACGAAAUAAUUCAGUUAAUGUUUAUUCGUAGAACUGAAACAAUUUCCUGUGGACACACUAACGUUUAACGUCAAGACUCGAGAGACAAUGAAAGGCAAACUAAAGUAUAAAAUAGUAUUUUAACUUACUCUUGACUUUGUUUUGAUACUGCCGAAAUCGUUUCUUGCCAGCAACAUUUACAUCUAGCCUCCUCCUUGUGUAAUUCACUAUUUUGUUUAAAAUAAUCACAAUAAAAAUCCGGCAAAUUAUUUUGAUAAUAAAAGAAUCGAUACAUA